UGGGAGUGGUAGAGAAAUCUUUCCUUCGCCUCCUAUGGUCGAUGAAAAAUUUCGCUUUUUCCUGCUUUGAUUCGCUUUAAAUGCUCGCCAUAUCUAAAGUAUGAUUACCAAAUUCUGCAUAUGAUCAUUUCCAAGUCAUUUCACCUUUUUAUUCCAGUCAAGGUGAAGAAAAAUUGCAGAAAACUCUCUUCGAUCCGGAGGGAAACCUUUCCGCAAUAUGGCGGAUAGCGUAGCAACUGAGAGUGAUGAGCCUACCUCUAGAACUACAACUGUUUUGGAAGUUAGCAUUCCCUCAGAUGAUGAUCAAGAUGUCCAUUUUUGCGGAAGAUGUAAAUUGUCUUUUAAUGAUCUGUCAGAGUACAUCAAGCACAAAGCAAACAAAGUUUGUCGUGACAUUGUCAACAAGAGCUCAUUGACAGAAGUAGUUAACAAACUUCCCAUAGAUGCAGGCAGCCAUUCUCACUCUGGGGAGACCAACAGCAGAGAAGAGGUAGCAUUGGCAGAUACCACCCAGCAGGCUCAAGAGUGUGUAGAGAGCAUUGAGGAUGAUUGUGCUGCAAAAAAAGUGGAGGUGCAGUUUCUAGACCCAGUGGCGACUAGUGAUGGUGCAUCAUCAUCUGCAGGAGAAAAACCUGAUGGUCACAAAACUUCAGAUCAUGAAAAAACUGAAAAACCGACAAAAAGGCACAAGAGGAAGAACUCUCACCCCAAGACCACCAGAAAACGAAAAUGCUCGUCCACUUCCACAGCCUCAUCCACUCAAGAGAAGAGCAAGGAACCUCGAACCAAGAAACCCUCGACUUCAGAUGAACCAGUGACUGUCCAUAUCCCAGAGUCACAACUAGUUCAUCUGAAUCCUUGUUCCACGUCCACAUCUGCAACCAGUCCCCAGGGUACAGGGGUGCGCAAACAGGGUGCGACCAGUGUGUUUGUGCCAAUAUACCUCAAUCCCCCCUCCAAGAUUUACAGAUGUCAGCGCUGUCCAGCGGUUUUCAAUGCUUUGAAGGAGAAGGAAGAGCACUGUAAAAUGCAUAAGAAGGAAUUCAAGUGUUCGCUUUGUAAUAAAAGCUUCUUCACUGCUAACGGCUUCGAGCAGCAUCGGUUAAAUGAGAGUCAUGUGCAUCCAUGUGAUGAAUGCGGGAAGGUCUUCACUAGCACCAUUCAGCUCAAGAAACACAAGACGACCCACUCUACUGAAAGGCCGUUCGCCUGUGACGAAUGCGCAAAGGCGUUCUGUUCUUCGGCGAACCUUCGCUCGCACAAAAGAACGGUGCAUGCUACGGAGAAGAAACACAAGUGCCCUGAAUGUGGAAAAGCGUUUGCCCGUAAAGAUAAAAUGAAGAGGCAUUCUUUAAUUCACUACCCAGAUACAAGACCAACUUUCACCUGUCCCUUUCGCAGUCACACUGGUUGUAUGAAGACCUUUUACCGUGAAGAUAAGCUCAAGCGACACUUGUUCACACACUCUAAGGAUAAACCUUUUAAGUGUGAACAGUGCAAUAAGGGUUAUGCGCGCCGAGAUAACUUGAACGACCAUAUGCGGAUCCACACAGGCAAUUAUAGCCACAUUUGUCAGCUGUGCGACAAAGGUUUCCUUGGGCCUCACAAGCUAAAGAAGCACUUGAAGUCAGCACAUCGGGACGUUUAUUCUGCGGAUGGUGUAUGCAACGCAUUAGAAUAUCAGUCUCCUACAAUGGUUCCCUUGAAUUCUGGCAGAGCUCCUACCUCGAGGCGCGGCGAUCACGCCACGCCCACGUCACGUGGUAACGUUGCACAGUCUUCAUCUCAUGAGGAAACUGCGCCCUCUUCACCGGAGGAUCACUCGGUUGAUGCCGACGACGACGUUUUCGACGACUUGGGAUCCGAGACCGGAGACGAGCCAACUUCGGAAGACGAACGAACAGCAAACGACGACGCAUCAUUAAAAAAAUCUGGCUUGGGUUCAGACCCAAGACAUGCCCCGCCCCGAGCCCCUCCACCAACUGUGGGCCCUCCGCCAUUAACAUCAUCUUCACAUGGUCCGUUACCGCGCGUGCGCCCUGUCCCGAGAGUCAGUGCGACCCCUCAGCAGUUCGUCCCUCCACCCAUACCACCCGGCCUCCAGGCUACAGCCGAGCUCAUGGCAUUCACACAGGAACUUUUUAAUGCAGUGGGAAGAUUUCAGUCUUAAACCUAAAAGGUGUCAACGUUGCAAAUAACGAGAAUUUAUCCUCGCUAAGCGAGGCGUACAUUCAUCGAAAAUUCUUAAUCUACUGAUCUUUUUAGCUUUUAGUUAUCUUAGGUUUUACCUUCAACAUCUCUCACACUGAUGAUUUUUGGAAGUCUUUCGUUUAAGAAAAUUCAUGCAUUAGGUUUAUCUGCGUAAGCAAGAUCUUCCAGGGGGUGCGUCUCUCCAUAAGCCUCUCACAGGCACCUAGAGACAUCGUCGGUUUUUUUUUUUACUAUUUUACCCAUCGCUCUCUCUUGGCAGGUUGUGGAGAGAGGUGUGGUAGCCCGCGAAUCCAGUCGUACUCAGUCAUUACCCUGAUAUUGUGGUUAGCUUCAAGACAACCUCUUGUGUUGGAAAUACGCGUACAAAUUUUAUUGGUUGUUUUCCGAGCCAGGGGUUUACAUUAGCAGUUGCUAAGCGACAGGAUGUAAAAUUCUGACGUUAUGCCGACAUAAAGACGUGCUUAUGGGAAUCAGAUUUCUUAGGAACUUCUAAUUGGCUUAAAAGACUGCCACGAUUAAUGAUCCCUGUCGUUUUGGAAGUUCACGGUAUGGGGACUUUUAAAACUUUUCGCUCAAUGAGUGAUAUGAUAAAGGUGAUUAGGUUGCAAUAACUUAAAAAAAUAAUCAGCAGUGAUUCUAGAAGUUAUAAGUGUUUUAGCCUACGUGCAGCCGUAACCUUGCGUAGAUCACUGAGAAAUGAUGUCUAUGCUUAAAUUCUCAAGCGACUUCAACCUAUCUUCUAUAUAUUCAGCGCUAGUAAGUUACAUAUUGCUCGACACUAGUAAGUUAACCUUCUUAGUGUUAUAUGUAUCUAAGAUAUCUGAGGAAAAAAACAAUUCUCCUAGAGGAAAAUUGA